AUGAGCACUACCAGUGGGAAGUCAGGAAACAGAACCGAACGCCAGGCUACUGAGGCAGCUGUAGUCACCGGAAUCGACAGCCUUACUAUCGUGGAUAAAGCGAAAAGCGGAGCGAAGGAUGCUGCGAAUCAGGUAACUGGCGCAGAAUGCGCAGCAGCUCUACAGCCUACAAAAACGGUCCUGAAUCCCAAGGCAGAUGAUGCAGUCGGUGCCGUCGCCGAGGAUCGUACGACGGGAACCAAGCCAAAGCAAGUAACUAAUCCAAGGGCUGCAGUCCCUGUCGACCCUCAACAAUUAUCGACGGCUCCAGCCGGUACGACAUUGUCCAGUAUACGAGUCAGAGUCACUAGAUUUAGCCAUUGCGAAAUGUGCAACGAUCGCGACAAUAGCAGGAUGGUGCAAUGCGAUAAUUGCAGUCUAUGGUAUCACUUUUCGUGCGUUGAUGUGACUAGUGGUAUAGCAGAUUAUAGCUGGGUCUGCCCUGCGUGUGCGGAAGAAAGCAGACAGCUGCACGGGACGUCAGCGCAUUGUGAGAUUCUACAUCAAGAUCCAUCGUCCAAUCAGUUGAGUUCUAAGAGGUCUCUUGGAAAAACGAGCAGCAAGCGAAGUGAGCAGCGAAGAAUCGAUCGUCGGCUACAGAAACUAGAAGAAAUCAAGGAACUGGAAAAAAGGUUUUUAGAAGAAAAAUAUCGCAUUCUGGACGAAGAAGACGACGACGUUGGAACGGUAUCAAGCGAUGAUUCUAUGACCACCAACGAAAUAGUAAAAAUUCAAGGUUGGCUGAGAGAGACGGAUCAAUGUGGUGAGGGCGACUCUGGGCUUGUCGAAGAGGAUGUGCGACCAAAUCCUGCUAUCGGCGGAAAUACGGGCCAUGAAACGCUUCAUGGGUUUGCGCCAAAUCAACGCUCUACGCCACGGAGUCAAAUCAAUCGUCAAGCACCAAGAUCAGAUUCGGCAGCGGCACGUGGUACCAAUAUGCAAUCCCACCGAAUGAUGGAUACUUUCAGUAUAUCCCGGUCCGAGCUGCGGUCUGGAACACGGAUGCAGUCCUACCCGACAAGAACUCUAGGCUGCCCAUCAGCAGCGAAAGUUCAUUUUCAGCAACCUGCGCAGUCAGAGAUAAGAAAUCAACAGCAUAUUAGUUCCGGGUCAGAUCGAAUACAACGACGUGAACGCUACCCAUCGUUAAUCGACGAGCCAGAACAUGACCAACAUCUAGACGAAGAUUCUUUAUGCGUUCUAAAUCGGAGUCAAUUAGCGGCGCGGCAGGUCGUGCCCAAAGAUCUUCCGGAAUUCAGCGGGAAUGCAGAGGAUUGGCCUCUGUUUUAUUCGACGUACAAUUCUUCGACACACAUGUGUGGUUUUUCUAACGAGGAAAACAUGCUUCGUAUUCGAAAAUGCUUAAAAGGCAAAGCCCUCGAAGCCGUACGAUGUCGGCUCCUUCAUCCGACUAACGUUGCCGGUGUGAUGUCUACGUUAAAAAUGCUGUAUGGUAGACCCGAAGCGAUUGUGCACGCGUCGAUUAGGAAGAUCAGAUCACUGCCAGCACCGCAAGUGGAGAAACUUGACACCUUGAUCAACUUUGCGUUGACCAUAGAAAAUUUGGUCGCAACCAUCGAAGCGUGUGGCGUUCAAGAUUUCGUAUACAAUGCAUCGUUGAAGUUUGAACUGAUCGAUCGGCUUCCCCCCGGUUUGAAAUUGGAUUGGGCGAAGCAUUCCAGGAAUAACCCAGCGCCAAACCUUACGGACUUCAGUUCUUGGUUAUAUGCAAUCGCAGAAGACGCCAGCACCGUAAUGCAAACUUCCAGUACCUCAGCCAGAAGCCGAUGGACAAAAAGCGAUGGAUUCAUCAACGUGCAUGCUGACGCUGACUGUACAAAUCUGCGAUCAUUACAAGCAGACAGGCCAGGAUCGCAAAGUUCAUCGUUAGUAGAACUACCAGAGUGUAUCGUUUGCAAAAACGACUGCCAAUCAGUGGCCAAAUGCAAACGAUUUACUGAACUCACUCUGGACGCUAAAUGGGACGUAGUUAGAGAGGCGAAGCUAUGCAGGAAAUGCUUACGUAGGCAUAACGGAGUGUGUCGUCAGCAAAAACCGUGCGGUACAAGAGGAUGCACCUUUCUACAUCAUCCCUUGUUACACAAUGAGAGAUCGCAUGUUUCAAUUGGACCAUCGGAAACACCUGCCGACGCGUUUGGUAGUUGCAACAUCCACAUGACUCAAACCAAUGAGAUACUGUUCAGAAUUGUACCGGUAUUGAUUCAUGGACCUUCAAAAGUAAUACGAACCUAUGCGUUCAUAGACGACGGGUCAGAGCUGACACUAAUGGAACAAAGUCUCGCAGACGAAAUAGGAGUUUGGGGCCCAAAGUCAUCCCUGUGCCUUAAAUGGACGGGGGGCACGAACCGAGUGGAAGACGAAUCUCGAAAGGUUGCCGUGGAGAUAUCUGCUGUAGGAUUCGACUCUAGGCGACACCAGUUGACAAAUGUGCAGACAAUUCACGACCUACAACUACGCCCGCAAACCAUGGUGCUUUCUGAACUACAAGAACGAUUCAGUUACCUUAGCGGAUUACCAGUGGAGUCUUACAUCAAUGUCUGUCCUCGUAUCCUUAUCGGGCUGGAUAAUGCGUAUCUCGGACAUGUGCUGAAAAGUCGAGAAGGAAAACCACGCGAACCCAUCGCCGUCAAAACGCAACUAGGAUGGAUAAUCUAUGGCAGUUGUAACCAAAAGCGGCGAAGCUCAAAUUACGUCAAUGUACACACCAUAAAAGUUUGUGACUGUAAUCCACAAACCGAUGAAAACCUGCAUCUUGCGAUGAAAACCUAUUUUGACCUUGACAGCCUGGGGAUUUUAACUCCGAACAAGACUCUUCGAUCGCCCGAAGAACAACGUGCCGUAGAACUCCUGGAAAAGCAGACCAUACCUAAAGCAGGACGAUAUGAAGCGGGACUACUUUGGAAGUAUGAAAACGUACGUCUUCCAAACAGCAAAGAUAUGGCAUACAAGCGAUGGCAAUGUCUAGAUAGACGAAUGAAUCAGGACAAGCAACUAUCGGCAACUAUCCAACAAAAAAUGGCAGAUUACGUGUCUAAAGGGUACGUGCGAAAGCUGACGGAACCUGAACUCAACGUUCGUCCAGCUCGCGAGUGGUACUUACCGGUCUUUCCAGUUAUGAAUCCCAACAAGCCGAAUAAGGUUAGGCUGGUAUGGGAUGCAGCAGCCUGUGCAUAUGGAAUAUCACUCAAUUCGUUACUUCUAAAAGGUCCAGAUCUCCUUACGUCUCUCCUUACGGUGCUCAUUCAAUUUCGAGAAUUCCGUAUCGGAAUAUGCGGAGAUAUCCGUGAAAUGUACUUGCAAAUAUUGCUUAGCAAAGAUACUCGAUUGCGCUUCUUCUGGAAAGAGAACGAACAUGAUACAAGUCCACAAGUCUUCGAAAUGCUGGUAUUGCCUUUUGGAGUUUCGUGUGCGCCGACUAUAGCCCAAUAUGUUAAAAACAUCAACGCCAAACAAUUUGAACACGAGCUUCCUACGGCGGUUCGGGCAAUAGUUGAUCAACAUUACGUCGAUGACAUGCUUUCGAGUGUCGAAACUGAAGGAGAAGCCAUUGCCUUAGCAAGCAACGUAAAACAAAUCCAUGCAGCAGCCGGAUUCGAAAUGAGGAAUUGGAUUUCGAAUUCUGCAACUCUUCUAGAAGCGCUGGACGAACCGAAAACGGAGGAAAAAGAUCUAACAAUAGCCGAAGAAGGUGUGACUGAGAAAGUGCUUGGAUUAUUGUGGAAUACAAACACGGAUUGCUUCACCUUUAAGGUAUCGCCACGAUAUGAUCCUGAGUUGAUAUCAGGAAUGCGAAUUCCGACCAAACGUGAAGUGUUGAGAACCCUAAUGAUGAUAUUUGAUCCAUUGGGGCUCAUAGGUCACUUCCUUAUGUUCCUUAAAGUGAUUUUGCAAGAGAUCUGGAGAACGUCUGUAACCUGGGACGAUCCUAUUGAGGAAAUUCAAUUUGAAAAGUGGUUGCAGUGGCUGAAAGUGUUGCCUGAGGUAGAAAAGGUGGAAGUUCCUCGGUGCUACAGGUCAACGAUAUCGAUCGAAAGUGCUAUGGAGGUGCAAAUGCAUGUAUUUGUUGAUGCGAGUGAAAAUGGAUUUGCAGCGGUAGUGUACCUCCGAUUUCAGCAAGGCAACUUGACUGAAACUGCGUUGGUGGGAUCUAAAACCAGAGUUGCUCCGUUAAAAUUCUUAUCGAUUCCCCGUUCCGAACUUCAAGCUUGUGUUAUUGGAGCCCGAUUUUCCACCAGUAUACUCAAAUCGCUGACUGUAAAGGUAGACAGACGUUUCUUCUGGACCGACUCUAGCGACGUUAUCAGUUGGAUUAAUAGCGACCAUCGCCGGUAUAGUCUAUUUGUAGCCUUCCGGAUCAGCGAGAUACUUGACACUACCGAAAUGCACGAAUGGCAAUGGCUCCGAACCCAAUCCAAUGUAGCCGACGAAGGAACGAAGUGGAAGCGGGUUCCUGACUUGAGGAAUACUAGUCGAUGGUUUACUGGACCUGAUUUUUUGAAGAAACCAAUCAACGAAUGGCCGGUAGAGUUAGCGGCUCCAAAAGCGACCAAUGAGGAACUUCGUCCACAUCUACUCGUCCACGUUAUAGUGCCCGGUCCUGUUAUAGAUCCAGAAAACUUUUCCCAGUGGACACCUCUAGUGCGACGGGUAGCAUUAGUUUUCCGCUUCAUUAGCAACGUAAGAAUUUCUGAUGCUGAGCAGCGAAGCAAAGGAUCACUUACGACUUGCGAACUAGUACGAGCAGAAAGAUAUUUGUACCGUUUUGCACAAUGCUGUGCAUACGCGGAUGAAAUAGCAGUAUUGACAAAUAAGCGCGUAUCAAACGGUAAUGAGAUGUCGGUACCAAAGAGUAGCCCAAUAUAUCAGCUUUGUCCCUUCCUCGAUGAACAUGAUGUCCUCCGUAUGCGAGGCCGAACCGCCGCCUGUCCGUUCGUCGAUCAACAUGCUGUCAACCCAAUCAUUCUUCCAAGGAAUCAUCAAGUCACCCGACUGGUAGUGGGUCAUUAUCAUCGAAUGUAUCACCACCAAAAUCAUAACACUGUCCUCAACGAGCUUCGACAGCGGUACGUCAUAUCACGUUUAAAGGCCACCUUCAACAAGAUCCGUCGUGAUUGCCAGCAGUGCAAGAAUGAUCGCAUACGCCCUCUGGCACCCAUUAUGGGUAAUUUGCCUGUGGCUCGUCUGGCCGCCUACAGCCCUCCAUUUAGCCAUAUGGGUGUCGAUUAUUUUGGGCCUUUAUCAUUGUGCACUCCAUGA